UUGGCCAGCGACAAACCGCUGGUUGUGAUUGGUCAACUCCUUUGUCCUCCCCCGAAACGUUCCGGCCAGAAACACGGCCUCACGGAGAGCGUGGUACCCAGCAGUCAUGUCUUUCCACCAGGAUCGUGGGGGAACCAGGGGCGGAAUGCUUCCAGGCCAGCAGGGCUCCCCUCAAAGCUUCCGACCCACCAACCUGAGACCGCCCCCUCCCCAGCCUCCUGUACCCCCAUACCACUAUGAUCCACAGGCUCCUCCCAGCUCAGGCUACCAUGGGAACAACAGCUACAUGCCUCCGCACUCUGACUUCAUGCAAUACCCUCCUCCGGCACCAUCCCAGACUCCCGGUUCUCUUAACCAGUGUCCAAUGCGCCCACCUUUCUCCAAGCCUCCAGUCCGGCAGGGCUUCUUAGAACCCCCGCCCAACUUUCCACCCCCUACCUUGCCCAGCGCCACAGGCGGACCGACACCAGGGUCCCAGGUGUCUGCUCAGAAUGCCUACCACCCUUACAUGAUGCCACCUGUUCCCCCACCACCAUUACCACAUCCGCCCAUGCCUCACCCAAUGGCUUCUCAGUCGAUGAACUAUCACCCUCCGUACUCCAUGAACUACCCUCAUCCUCCUCACCCUCCAUUCCCGCCUCCCACUUUCAGUCCUGGCUACACACAGAACCCGAGCUCAUUUAAACCAGACCACGGCUACAGGCACGGGGGGCAGUACAAGUAUGAUAAACCCAUGGAAAACAGGAGGUCUCCAGAAAGAGGCUAUCGCCAUGAUGACCACAGGCAGAAGGGCUACGCCUACGGUAACCAUGGUGAGAGGCACAAAAUGGAAUUUCCCGGAGAGAGGAAAGAUCGUGGGCGGAGUCCAGACAAGCGCAUGAGGCCAGAGGGGGGAAGGUACCGGUCUGAAUACGACAGAGGCCGGACUCCUCCCAGACACAGGAGCAGGGAUCGCAGCAGAGAGAGGCAUCGUCACAGAGAAAGUCGGAGGUCCCAGUCACCUGACAGGCACAGGAAGAGGCCUCGCAGUCGUUCCUCAAGCAGAGACAGGAAACGUGGCCGCUGGGAAGACGAGAGGGACAGGAGGUUGGAGGGCUCCUCGGGUCUGAGCAGGGAGCGCAGCCACACGUCCGUCAGGAGCAAGGACUCUGAGGAGACCUUCAGUGACAGAGACCGAGAGCGAGACAGGGAGCGGGACAGAGACAGAGAGAAGGAGAAAGAGAAGGGGGACGAUGAGAAAGAGGAAGAAGAGCUGUUGAAACCUGCCUGGAUCCGCUGCACCCACGCUGAAAACUACUACUCCAAUGACCCCAUGGACCAAGUGGGAGACUCUACCGUCGUGGGGACCAGUAAACUGCGCAACCUGUACGAACGCUUCGAGGAAGAGUUGGUGAGGCGGCAGGAUCGAGCCAAGGCUGCUCGACCGUCUUGGGAACCGCCCAAGACCAAACUGGAUGAGGAUCCAGACAACAGCAGCAGUGAGUCGGACUGUGAAUCAGACGGUGAAGGAAGCACCUGCUCCAGCAGCUCCGACUCAGAGGUUUUUGAUGUCAUCGCCGAGAUCAAGAGGAAGAAAGCGCACCCCGACCGCCUGCACGAGGAGCUGUGGUACAACGACCCAGGACAGAUGAAUGAUGGCCCCCUGUGUAAGUGCAGUGCCAAGGCCAGACGUACAGGGAUCCGCCACAGCAUCUACCCGGGGGAGGAGCCGGUGAAACAGUGUCGCACAAUGAACAACAAUGCAGGAAAACUGUUUCACUACAGGAUCACUGUGUCACCUCCAACCAACUUCCUGACUGACAGGCCGACGGUGAUCGAGUACGAUGACCAUGAGUACCUGUUCGAAGGCUUCUCUCUCUUCUCCCACACUCCUCUCACUAACAUUCCAUUGUGCCGUGUGAUCCGCUUCAACAUAGAUUACACCAUUCACUUCAUAGAGGAGAUGACACCGGAGAACUUCUGUGUCCGAGGCCUGGAGCUGUUUGCCUCCUACUUGUUCCAGGAUGUUCUUGAGCUGUAUGACUGGAACCUGAGAAGUCCUGACUUGGACAACGAGACCCCUGGGUGCCAGGGUUUCCAUUUCAUGCCGCGUUUUGUCCGAUUCUUACCUGAUGGCGGGAAGGAGGUGCUGUCCAUGCAUCAGGUGCUGCUCUACCUGAUCCGCAGCAGCAAGCCGCUGGUCCCCGAGGAGGAGAUUGCAGACAUGCUGCAGUGGGAGGAGCUGGAGUGGCAGAAAUACGCGGAGGAGUGCAAGGGCAUGAUCGUCACCAACCCGGGCAUGAAACCCAGCUCGGUGCGUAUCGACCAAUUGGACAGGGAACAGUUCAACCCAGAUGUCAUCACCUUCCCCAUCAUCGUUCACUUUGGAAUCCGUCCCGCUCAGCUCAGCUACGCCGGAGACCCUCAGUACCAGAAGCUGUGGAAGAGCUACGUGAAACUACGCCAUCUGCUGGCCAACAGCCCCAAGGUCAAGCAGAUCGACAAGCAGAAGCUGACACAGAGAGAG